UUUUAUUUUUUAUCUUGUUAAUUUUAGGUUUAUCAAAAUCAAAAUUGACCGCCCUCGUAAUAUGGAAUCAUCAUCAUCUGUUGAAGGAAAAGCAUCUUCUGAUGCAUCCUCCAACUCAAGAAAUGAAUCUAUAAGGAUAUGUAUUACUUAUCUAGUUCAUGCCUGUACAUGUCGGGAUAUACAUUGUCGUCGUGGAUUGUGUCACAAAAUGAAGAGGGUUAUUGCGCACACAAGGACGUGCAAAAGAAGACAAUCCGUUGGGGCAGAUUGUGCUGUGUGUAAAAAAUUGAUUGCUCUUUGUUGUUGUCAUGCUAAACAUUGUAAACUGGCAAAAUGCCAGGUUCCAUUUUGCCUUCAAAUUCGACAAAAAAUGCAAGAACAAAAACAAACUCAAAAUAUUCAAGCUGAAGGAAUGGUGCAAGGAAUGAUGAAAUUACAAAUUUCAGUAGAUGAUGGAAUAAAUGAAAGUGGUGUUGGAAAUGAUGUUGCGGACUUAGAUGAUUCUGCGUGGCUCAAAAUGAUUCUGCCCGACGAGCUUAAGAAGCGAACAUUUUCGGAAGAAUGA